CAAAACACACUCACUCACUCACUCUUACGAUCUCAUCUUUUCAUUAUUCACAAAUCUUUGUUAUGGUUACGUUCUUGACCCCACCACCUUACAUAAUUACAAAAUAACAGCUAGAGAGAGAAACUAGAGACAUUGUACACAGAGAGAAAGAGAGAGAGUAGAGUGAGAGAGCUUGAUUUCUCGGUUCUUCAUUCAUUUAUAACUCUCACGGAUUGUAGCUUUUUCUGCUUCACCUCUGCGAAUUUUUUACAACUCUCCGAUUAAAUUCCGACGAAUUUUAAGGCCAAACUCGUUGAUUUUGAAAGAGAAAGCUCGAUUUCUCUGUUCCUCACACAGAUUGUUGCUUUUUGCAAGACUCUUUGAUCAAAUUCAGGCGAAUUUUACGGCGAAACUUGUUGAUUUAGUGAGAGAAAGCUUGAUUUCUCGGUUCAUCACACAGAUUGUUGCUUUUGCACGACUGUCCGGUCAAAUUCCGGUGAAUUUUAAGGCGAAACUCGUUGAUUUUCCGAUUAAAUAUUGCCGGAGAAGAAAGUUGGAGGUUGUUGUGUGUUGAUCGUGAUUGAUGAUCAGUAUGAGCGCCGUGCACAAUAGCGUAGAGACUGUGAACGCGGCGGCGAGUGCGAUAGUUACGGCGGAGAGUCGAGUUCAGCCAACGACAGUUCAAAAGAAAAGAUGGGGAAGCUGCUGGAGUCAAUAUUGGUGUUUUGGAUCAUGCAAGCAAAACAAACGAAUUGGCAAUGCUGCCCUUGUUCCUGAACCACCGUUGCCUAGAACGGCAGCCCCAACCACUGAAAACUCAACUCACUCAAGCACCAUACUACUACCCUUCAUUGCUCCUCCCUCUUCUCCUGCAUCUUUUCUUCAAUCUGAUCCUCCCUCUGCCACCCAAUCCCCAGCUGCAUUACUAUCCCUCGCUUCUCUUUCUAUCAAUGCCUACUCUCCAUCCAGUCCUGCCUCCAUUUUCACUGUUGGUCCAUAUGCCCACGAGACCCAACUAGUUUCACCACCUGUGUUUUCUACCUUCACAACCGAACCAUCAACUGCUGCUUUCACUCCACCUCCUGAACCCGUGCAGCUGACAACUCCUUCAUCACCAGAUGUGCCUUUUGCUCAACUUUUGACGUCAUCACUUGGCCGAGCCAGAAGGAACAGUGGGAUCAAUCAAAAGUUCUCACUAUCUCAGUACGAGUUUCAGCCUUAUCAGCUAUACCAAGGAAGCCCAGUUGGCCACCUCAUAUCUCCCGGCUCAGCAGUUUCGAAUUCCGGUACCUCUUCGCCUUUCCCUGAUAAAGCCCCGGUUAUUCAGAUACGUAUGACAAAAGUCCACAAGCUCCUUGGGUACGAACAUUUUUCCACUCGUAAAUGGGGUUCAAGACUAGGUUCUGGAUCAUUGACCCCUGACGGUGUGGAACCAGUUCUAGAGAACCAAAUUUCGGAGGUGGCAUCACUUGAUAACUCAGAAAAUGGAUCUCAAAAUGAGGAAAUUGUAAACGAUCACAGGGUUUCAUUUGAGUUGCCCGGUGAAGAUACUCAAGGUUGUCUAGCAAAGGACCUGGUCUCAUCAAUUGAAAAUGUGUCGGAAUCUUUAGAAGGCGAUUGUAUUGGGGAAGCAUUGAAAGAAAUUCCUAACAAGGCUUCCCGGGAAGAGGAAGAGGAAGAGGAAGAAGAGCAGUGCCCUCAAAAGCGUCGUUCCAUCUCACUCGGAUCAAUCAAAGAGUUCAACUUUGACAACAUGGACACAGAAGUCUCGGACAAGCCCAGUCUCGGAUCCGAGUGGUGGGCCAAUGAAGAGGUGGUCGGGAAGGAGUUGGGCCCACCUCACGACAACUGGACUUUUUUCCCAAUGUUGCAGUCAGGAGUCAGCUGAUACCGCCAAGCAUCAAUGCAUGAGCUGCAAAGUGAAAAUUUGCUGAAUCGAUAGCUGAAGUAAAGGCAAUUUUGGAGAUAGAGAAUCACGUGCUUGGAAUCAGUAUUAGAUAUAAACGAAUGGAUUAUGAUUACACCACCUUAACUCAUAAUGUAGCCAUAUUAUUUCAAUUCCCUCAACGCAGAGGGUAAAUGUUUUCGUUUUGCACGGAUUUGGUUUAGCGAGUUUUGUUGUGUUCAUUUGUUUAUUUUGUUUUUCUUCUUGUAAUAUUUCGUCUUCUGAUAUAUACAGUAGUAAGCAUCACAUGUAGAUGUAUUGUGAAUUCAUCAUUUUGUGUGUAUUAAGAUUUUAAAAAAUGGUGAUAUCUUUCAGGCAAGGAAGGAAGAAAGAGUCUAUUUCA